UUAUUUUCUUUAAUAUUUAUUUAAUAUAACACUAAAGUAGUUUAAUAAAACGGUAUUUAGUCUUAAAGUAUUACUCAAUACGCAUAGAGCUAAACGGGUUCGAAAUAAAGUUUGAAACGAACGAACGAUUUAAAAGAAAAAUUGUGGAAAUUUUAAAAUUUAAGUUACAAAAAAGUGAACUAAACUAUUAUUAUGGAUAAAUCACAACCGCCACCAUAUUCACCACCCGGUUUUACACCAGCUCAGGUCUACCAGCCCGGUCAGCCACAACAACCCUUAUAUCCACCUAUGCCACAGCCACAACCGCUACCACAGCAAUCUACUGUUAUCAUACAGACAACAACACGACCAAAUCUAGUGGCCAUUGGUAAUGGACCUACACAUAUCCAGUGUCCAUCAUGUCAUGCUGAAAUUUUAACAACUGUCAAACAUACUGCCAAUUCAAGAACACAUUGCUGGGCCCUGGUUUUAUGUCUGUUUAUUUGCUGGCCUUGCGUUUGUGUACCCUACUGUAUGGAUUCCUGCCAAAGUGCCAAUCAUUAUUGCCCCAAUUGUAAUGCCUACAUUGGAACCUACGAUAACUAAUAUUUAUUUUAUGAUUUUUUUAAAAGCUUUGAUUCCUUAUUAUUAUUUUAUUAGUAUUUAAUAUAAAUUAUUUGUAAUUUAUAUGUUCUUUUUUCCUUAAUGUUAAUUUUUUAAUACAAAAAUAAGCUUAUGCCAAAAAAUUAUGUAAAAAUAAUAAAUUAACAACGAAAUAAAUUUUAUUUCAACAAUUGACGAAACGAA